AACCAUCAGGGUGCAGCAUUGCCCAUUCUCCUCUCCUCUCAAUUUGAUUUCUUGUUGUGUUUUCCUCUCGUUCCUUUUAUUCAUCUUUUAAUAACAGACCAGAUCAGUUGAAAUGGCUGCUCCCCGAUUUCUCCGACCAGCUGGUCGCUUGCUUCAGUCGCGAAUUGCGUCGCCCAUUUCUCGUCCAGCUUUCCGAUUGCCUGCCCAGUCCAUCUCAUAUCGCCGUACAUAUGCCAGCGAGGCUUCAAAAGAGGUUACGGUUAGAGACGCAUUGAACGAGGCUCUUGCUGAGGAAUUGGAGGCCAAUGAGAAGGUGUUUGUCAUGGGAGAGGAAGUUGCGCAAUAUAACGGAGCAUACAAGGUGACCCGAGGUCUUCUAGACCGUUUUGGACCCAAACGUGUCAUUGACACUCCCAUCACUGAAGCUGGUUUCACCGGUUUGGCAACUGGUGCUGCUUUGGCUGGCCUCCACCCGGUUUGUGAAUUCAUGACUUUCAACUUCGCUAUGCAAGCUAUCGACCACAUCAUCAACUCUGCCGCAAAAACACAUUACAUGUCCGGAGGUAUCCAGCCCUGCAAUAUCACUUUCCGUGGUCCCAACGGUUUCGCUGCCGGUGUCGCCGCCCAGCACUCACAAGAUUACUCCGCCUGGUACGGAGCUAUCCCCGGUUUGAAGGUCGUUGCCCCCUACAGUGCAGAGGAUGCGAAGGGUCUUCUCAAGGCCUCCAUCCGUGACCCCAACCCCGUCGUCUUCCUCGAGAACGAGCUUCUUUACGGUCAAGCCUUCUCCGUGAGCGAAGAGUUCCGCAGCAGCGAUUUCGUCCUCCCCAUCGGAAAGGCCAAGAUCGAGCGUCCCGGUAAAGAUUUGACCAUUGUUUCAUUGUCCCGAACAGUCGGUCUCUGCCUCCAGGCCGCUGCUGAGCUCAAGGAGAAAUACGGCGUUGACGCUGAAGUUAUCAACCUGCGAUCCGUCAAGCCUCUCGAUGUUGAGACGAUUAUCAAGUCUCUCAAGAAGACCGGCCGUUUCAUGGCUGUUGAAUCCGGUUUCCCCAUGUACGGUGUCAGCUCUGAGCUCCUCGCUGUCGCCAUGGAGUACGGAUUCGAUUAUCUGACCGCUCCAGCUGUGCGUGUCACUGGUGCUGAUGUGCCAACUCCAUAUGCCGCCAAGCUCGAAGAGAUGAGCUUCCCCCAGACUGAUACGAUUGUUGGCCAAGCUGCUAAGCUUCUCCGACUGUAAUUCUCCCCUCUCAAAAGCCUCCUUUAAUGUAAACAAGGAAAAAAAACAAAAACAAUCGAGAGAACAGACCUCACUGGGAAGGUUUUUUCUCAAAACAUCUAAUUUUGUCAUGUGUCAUAUUGUUAGAGUGUUCGGACUGCACUUUCCUUGUCAACUUUACUAUAUUUUAGCCAAUUCUAGAAUUGUACGACUAUGUUGAAUAUUUUCUAACAGGAUA